AUGUUGCCUCUCUCACAACCCCAGAGUUGUGUGAUUAGCAGGACUCCACUCGGGUUGACCUCCCUGCAAGAGUUGGAUGGCCUCUUCUCUCGCAGCACAAAGCGCCUGUUUGUGCACCAGCCAUGCUGAGUGAAUACAGGGCAUUAUUGCUGGCAGUUGUGUUGGGCACAGUGCAGGGUGUGGAGUUUCUCUGAGACAAACACAGGAAUACCCAGAGAUAAUGUGAGCACUAUCUCACAAGUCCAGGGUGAGUCACUGGUAGGUGCUGUUUAGAAUAUCCAGCCAGCCUGCCCUGCACACUCAGCUGCCUCUCGGGCAGGAAGGUGAGCUGUCUGCCGCUCCUGGGCUGCUCCUGAUUUGUUGUGUGGCAUUUGGUGGAACGUCAUGACAUGAAUACCUUAAGCCUGCCCCUGAACAUACGCCGUGGGGGGUCGGACACCAACCUCAACUUUGACGUCCCAGAUGGCAUCCUGGACUUCCGCAAGGUCAAACUGAGUGCAGACAACCUGAAACAAAAAAUCCUGAAGGUAACAGAACAGAUAAAAAUUGAGCAGACGUCCCGCGAUGGGAACGUGGCAGAGUAUUUGAAACUGGUCAACAGCGCCGACAAGCAGCAGGCCGGGCGCAUCAAACAAGUCUUUGAGAAGAAGAACCAGAAGUCGGCUCACUCCAUUGCGCAGCUGCAGAAGAAGUUAGAGCAGUAUCACAGAAAGCUCAGAGAGAUCGAGCAGAAUGGAGCCUCCAGGAGCUCCAAGGACAUUUCCAAAGACAACCUGAAGGACAUACAGCACUCUUUGAAGGAGGCCCAAGUAAAGUCUCGAACUGCCCCCCAUGGCAUGGAGAGCAGUAAAUCGGGCAUGCCAGGGGUAUCCCUCACUCCACCUGUGUUUGUUUUCAAUAAGUCCAGAGAGUUUGCCAACUUGAUGCGGAACAAGUUUGGCAGUGCCGACAACAUCGCGCACUUAAAAAAUUCCUUAGAGGAGUUCAGGCCUGAGGCAAGUGCCAGGGCUUACGGGGGCAGCGCCACCAUUGUGAACAAGCCCAAGUACGGCAGUGACGACGAGUGUUCCAGUGGCACGUCAGGUUCGGCAGACAGCAAUGGGAACCAGUCCUUCGGGGCUGGCGGGGCUGGCACGCUGGACAGCCAGGGGAAGCUCACCAUGAUCCUGGAGGAGCUGCGGGAGAUCAAGGACACCCAGGCCCAGCUGGCAGAGGACAUCGAGGCACUGAAGGUGCAGUUUAAGAGGGAAUAUGGUUUCAUUUCUCAGACUCUGCAGGAGGAAAGGUACAGGUAUGAGCGCCUGGAAGACCAGCUGCAUGACCUGACAGACCUGCACCAGCAUGAGACGGCCAACCUGAAACAGGAGCUGGCCAGCGCCGAGGAGAAGGUGGCCUACCAGGCCUAUGAGCGCUCCCGGGACAUCCAGGAAGCCCUGGAGUCCUGCCAGACUCGCAUUUCUAAGCUGGAGCUCCACCAGCAGGAGCAGCAAACCCUGCAGACGGACGCGGUGAACGCCAGGGUGCUCCUGGGGAAGUGCAUCAACGUGGUCCUGGCCUUCAUGACGGUCAUCCUGGUGUGCGUGUCCACCAUCGCCAAGUUCGUCUCGCCCAUGAUGAAGAGCCGCUUCCACAUUCUUGGCACCUUCUUUGCUGUGACGAUUCUUGCAAUAUUCUGCAAAAACUGGGACCACAUUCUGUGUGCCAUAGAAAGAAUAAUAAUACCAAGAUGAAGCCUCUGGUUCCUGCCUUCACGUUCUCUCAAGUUUUUAUUUUAAUGAAAACUCUGCGAAAACUACCAAAUUUUUAAAUGAACAGUUGUGCCGACGGAAGAUUAUAAGGAGGACUGGAGCUGUGUGGUGUAAAUAACUACGAUUCUCUUAAUUCGGUAGCAGUUGCCAACUCGGUCCCUGUACUUGGUUAACAUGAGUCUGUAUCAGAGCUCUCCACACACUGCUCACUGCCUUAAUUGGACCAGAUUUCCUGCCCACCUGAUGCGCCCCACUUGGCAAAGCCCUGUUUCUCGAGUACUUGGCAUAAUUAGUGAACCAGAAGAAACGGGGCCUCCCUCUAUUUUUCCUUGAAUCUUUAUCACAGUUGAGCUUUGCAGUUGCUGAUGGUUGUGUUUCUGAGUCCUGUAAACAGCAAGGAUAUGACAUGAUUUGAGGAAGGGAAGAAGUGUAGGCGCUGGCAAUACUGAACACUUGUGGCCUGUGGAAAUACAGCAGAUCUCUGUGUAAUCUGUCCCACUUGUCCACAAAUGACCAUAUGUCCCUGUGUACUCAGUGUUCAGUGGUCAAUCGUGUGUGACCUCGUAAUGUGGAAAUCCUACACCUGUUUAUCCAACCAGAGUCUGGCUUACAGGUUUUGUUGCACUUUAAAUGGUAAAACACUAGGAUUUAUGAAUGGGGCUGCCCCCUUAUUCCCGGGGAACCACCACCGGAUUUCAUCUGAACUCCGUAGCAAAUGGCCUUCAAAGCAUGCAGAAAUAUUUCCAUUUCCUCAACAAACUGCCUUUGUUAAUUCUGGGCCCUGUGAAAACCACUCCAGAGUUUCGCGUUAUGGCAAAUCUUAAUUGUGAUAAACCCCCUUUGAGGAUGGGAUUUGCUUUGUGUCUUUGGUUUUACUCGGGUCUGUGAAGACGGCAGUGCUUAUUCAGGAAGUGAAAACUAACGAUGCUUGUGUUGCAGGGUUUUUCCUUGAAGAAGGACUACAAAAUUGUAGUUUGUGAAACUAACAUGCACUGAGGUAGGAACACUGGAAGCAUGAGGAAGAUAUGACAUUGGUCCAACUGGAUCCCGACCAGAUUAGUGGGAGCAGUUCCCCUGAACAGAGAUUGAGAGGGUCCAUUUAAGGAUGUGAAAGGCCAGCAAGAAUAAAAUAAAUAAAAUCUAGUAUCUGAGCCAAGAUUGCCAUCUGCCUCUUAGGAUCAGACAAGUUCCAGGGUAAUAGAUUGCCCACACUGCCGCUGAAGGAAAGUGUUCACGAGUUAAUAUCUUCGUCCUCUUUGGAGAAUUUUGACUUCAGCUCAGAUAAUACUUUCCUUUUAAAUCUGUUUCUCUGUAUAAACAAAAAGGAAGACAUAGGUGAUGUUAAUGGAAACUGCUAUUCAGUCCCUCCUCCUCUCCUCCUCCUCUGCCCACCCCCAUCUGCCCGUGGCAGGUGUGAAGAUUCAGAUUAAUGUACGUUUUCUUCCAGAAGACGUCAGAUCUCCUGGAUUUAAAUUAAGUGCAAUAUUUUGCUAACAGUUGUUCUUAGGGAAAUCUCCUGGAAAAAAUGUGACUGAGUGCCACGGUUUGAGAGAAUGAAAGAGUUGAGCAUUUAAUACAAAGUCCAUUCCGUGUGAGCCAGACUCACGCUGCUCAACCUUGCUACUUUUUUAAGUGGAAGACUCAGUAGUUUUAGUAAAUUCACCAACUGUUCAACCAUCAUCCCUGAUCCAGACUGAAACUUUUUUAAAAUAAUAAACAUCAUUUCAUGAAAUCUUUGGUUAUAAAGUUUUUUGUAAUCGGAGACAAGGGAUUGUCUAGUCCCACCCCCAUCGCUUGGUUAUGUCCCCUCUCUGUAUCAGACACCCCCAGGGCUCCCAAGUUGACUCUAUACACUGUGAUCCAUUGAAUUCAGCGGACAGGUAAGGAAGGGUUCUGGGUCCGGAGCAGGAAAGGAGAAAAAAUGGUGUGCUUGUUUUUGUGUUUAUAUUUUGGUGGCCAGGGUGUCCCUUUCCUGUGGGCAUCAGAUUCUAUCAGCUUAUACCCUUGAGUGGAGCUGAGCUCCUCUUGCUUACUCGGGGAUCUUUCUGCGGUGUAUUCUGGUCAUGCCCACGGUGGGGUGAGUGUCAAUGCUGCUGGUAGUUCAGAGGGAAUGAGUGCGAUUUCUACCUUGAGACCAAGAGCUCUGGAAGGACCCAGGGAGAGUGUACCCCAUUCUGUGCGGGCACAUACCACUCUGGCUCAGCCAGCCCCUUGCUGUAGUUGACACAUCUUAGACCUGUGAUCUGUGCGUCUUCUCCCCAGAGAGAGGAGAGAAGAAAAUGGGAAGCAGCACACUCUGCCCCUCCAGUAUGGAGCCGUUAACAGAACCUCCUCAAACUGGCUCCAUUCUGAAAUACUGGAGGGCCUCAGUCAUCCGACUUGAUCAUGAAUUCCUUUUCAAGAAUUCAUAUUUCCAUUGACUCUCAUUAAAUGUCGGGUAACCUUGUUUUCACUUGGAUACACUCUGCCUACGUGCAUAUUUAUUUAAAUGUCUUGUGGAAAGUUCAUGAAGCUUUUUUCUCUCACCUGCUUUUCCAGACUCUGCAGUUUAUUCUCCUCUUAAGGAAUAUACCUCUCUUGUUUGUUGUCUUAAUGAAAUGACAUCUUAUAAAUAUACAGUUAAAAAUAGUGAAAUAACUGUGACAUAUCCUGGAAUUGGAGAUUUAAUUUACAUUUUAGUCAACUGGCCCUGAGUUUGCACCUUUCCUUGGCAGUAAAAAUCUUGUGCUUGCCUGAAGAUGAACACCGGUUGCUGGAUGGGUGAAGUCCCUUGUCGCUCCAUGAGCCUUAGUGAGCUAUUUAAGGUGCGGGAUGCUAGCACUUGAGUUUUUCGGUGACCUGUUAUCAUCAUGAUCACUAGGAUGAUGAUGGUUUGUUAAAGACAAAACAAAAACUUAAAACUCUUGUGGGUUUCCAAUUAUUUCAACUCCUCUUUUGAGUAUGAUUAAGCCAGAAAAAAUCCUCUCCCUUACACACAUACACACACACAUACACACAUACUACACACUACACACACACACACACACACACACACAUAAUGAAGCCACACCUCGAAGCUCUCCAGCGCUGAUUUUGGACAGCAGACACAAGAGUCACCCCACAUUUCUGGCCCGCAUGAUCCCGACAGCCUACCGGGUGAAAUCUUCUGAAACACCCCUCUCGCUCUGGCCAGAGAUGCUUGAUAAUUAUCCUGUCCAUCAACAUGCAGGUGGCUUUGGCCCUCCUCAUGCCUCAUCAGGCUUGUUUUCAUUUAGAUUUUGCCCCCAGUGUGUGCUUAUUCCCCUGUCACUUUUCUAGCAUAUCAGGUGUAAUUAUAGGUUCAAUAAUGCAGAAGGAACUCGCUUCCCUCAGGCAACUAAUUACAUUUGUCCUUUUUGGUUGAAUUUUAAAUACCAAAAUAAUUUUGCAUUGAAUGGGAACAUUUUUUUUACAUUAAAUGCAGAUAGAAUUGUAUUGGUUUGAAACAAAACAAAUAUUAACACAAACGUGUGAUUAAACAACCUGUUUUGCAAUUUUCUUUAAUUUUGAGGCAGGGGCUGGGGUUGUGGAGGCAAGACAUUAUUUUAGAUUUGGGGCUUAUCUGGAGAGGUAAGGAGGCCAGCACAAGCGCUAUAAGUGAGUGGGUCUCUAAAGAUAAAUCACUGACAACAGUGAGAUGGGCCCUUCACAACAAAAGUAGAUAAGCAGCUUUAAAAAAGGACGAGUAACAGGAGCUGGGUAACCCCUAAGAUGCGGGCAGGACUAACCCACAGUGUUCCGAAGUCAAUACAAUUCCGUUUAUAAAAAGCUGGGAAAGUAAUGUACCUGGAUUGUUCUAGGAAUGAUUUAUGUGUUGCAGUUUUAAUUUAUUUAAAGCUUGUCUGCCAUGUUUGUCCUAAGAGAAAUGUUUAACAAAAUGUGCUGCUUAAGAUGCAUUUAGGCAAUAGUUAGCGGCUUUGAAAGUAGAAACUGGAAACAUUGAUUGUGAUGUCUUGUGAAUUUCCAUUUUGUGAAAUACUACAUGGUUUCAUGUCAGCUUAAAAUUGUAAUUUCUCUGUAGAUCUUCACCCCAUGGUGGUGUCAUCAAUGAAUUCAAAGCAGGUGCCAUUAUUUUUUUAAAUAAACACUUGACAUUAGCUUUGGUGUUAAAUAAAGAGCUUUUCUUA